AUGCUUUUUUCUACGGUCGCUCUCGCUGAGUUAGGGGCGCUUUUCGUUCCCUUAACAGCAGCAUUCGCUGUUCCCAACCUCCCUACCCAACAUCAACUAAGCGUAUCAACCAACCCAACAUUUGUGGAAGGCAGUAUUUUCAGACAACAGUCAAGCGUUAACACCUUAGCCACCAGCCAAGAAGAGUUCUACAUCGAGAACGACUACCACAUGGAAAAUGAUUUCACCCCGCCCUUCAGCGGAAUCGCAACAUUCGCUCAUCUGAAUUGGACCAAUUGCUUUGUCCCAGCUAGUGAUGAGACGUUUGAUAUUGGUAUUGUCGGUGCACCAUUUGACUCGGGUGUUACUUAUCGACCAGGGGAGCGAUUUGGUCCACUCGGGACGAGAUCUGGAUCGCGUCGAUUAGACCCCGGAAUGGCAUAUAGGCAAGUCUUUACUACAUCGAUGAGGCGAAUACACAACUGA